AUGACAGGCUGGUUCUGCCCCUUCGUCCAGCGUGCCUGGACUGUUCUCGAGGAGAAGAAGAUACCCUACGAAUAUAUCGAAGUGAAUCCAUAUCACAAGCCGGAGUCAUUGCUCAAACUCAACCCGCGAGGUCUCGUCCCGACAUUACAAUAUAAUAACAAGCCGUUGUAUGAAAGCACGGUGAUUUGUGAGUUUCUCGAGGAUGCGUAUCCGGACCAUGGACCCAAGCUGCUACCCGGCGAUGUGUACGACAGAGCUAGGACGAGGAUCUGGACGGACUUCUGCACCAGCCGCAUCAUCCCAGCUUUCCACCGCUUCCUUCAAUUCCAGCCUAUGGACGACAAAGAUGGUCUCAAGCAAGCUCAACAGGAAUUCCUGAGCAAACUGAAGGAAUUCGCGAAGGAAAUGGACAAAACAGGACCUUUUUUCCUAGGCUCCGAGCCAUCGCUCAUUGAUUUCGUGGUUGCUCCCUGGGUGAUGCGCCUGUGGGUAUUUGAUUACUACAAGGGCGGCUUAGGUCUGCCUGUUCCUGGCGAAGAAAGUGGCGAAGACGCUGAAAUAUGGAAGAGAUUCCGAAAAUGGCAGCACGCUCUAGAACAGCGCCCGAGCAUCAAGAACACCACCAGCGAGACCGAGAAGUAUUUGUCGAUCUACCGGCGCUACGCGGACAAUACUGCUCAGAGUGAAUUAGCGAAGGCCACAAGGAGUGGGAAGGGUGUGCCGUAG